GCCAAGGCGGCAAGGUUUCGCAGCCUGCCCUCUGUGCAGGGCCCGAGUGGAGGCCCGGAAGGCCCCAGGCCUGGCCGGGCCAAUGAAGACACUACUGACCAUCCUAGCUGUCGGAUCCCUGGCUGCUCACAUUGCAGAGGACUCCUCCGAGCUGCUUCAGCACGUGAAAUUCCAGUCCAGCAACUUUGAAAACAUCCUGACGUGGGAGAGUGAGCCGGAGAGCAUCCCCGGCAUGGUCUACAGUGUGGAGUAUAAGACGUACGGAGAGACACAAUGGCUGGCAAAGGCGGGCUGCCAGCAGAUCACCCGGAAGUCCUGCAACCUGACUGUGGAAACGGGCAACCUCACUGAGCUCUACUAUGCCAGGGUCACGGCCGUCACCCCCGGAGGCCGGUCGACCACCAAGAGGACCGAACGGUUCAACUCGCGACAACACACUACCAUCAGACCGCCAGAUGUGACUUGUAUCCCCACAGUGAGAUCCAUUCGGAUGACUAUCCAUCCCACCCUCACCCCUGUGCACUCCGGAGAUGGCCACCGGCUAACCUUGGAGGAGAUUUUCCAAGACCUAUUCUACCACUUGGAGCUCCACGUCAACGGCACCUACCAAAUGCAUCUUGGAGGGAAGCAGCACGAAUACGAGUUCUCUGGCCUGACCCCUGACACGGAAUUUCUUGGGAGCAUCGCGAUUUUGGUUCCAACCUGGUCCAAGGAGAGCGCCCCCUACGUGUGCCGAGUGACGACACUGCCAGACCGGACGUGGACCUACUCCUUCUCGGGCGCCGCACUCUUCUUCCUGGGCAUCCUUGUCACCGUGCUUUGCUACCUGAGCUACCGAUAUAUCACCAAGCCGCCUGUGCCCCCUGACUCCCUGAAUGUCCAGCGAGUGCUGACUUUCCAGCCGCUGCGCUUCAUCCAGGAGCACGUGUUGAUCCCCGCCUUGGACCUCCACAGCCCCAGCAGCCUGGCCCAGCCCCUGCAGUACACCCCGGUCUUCGUCUCCGCUCCCAGAGAGCCGCCAGCAGCCGCACCGCUGUGCAGCCCACCUGAGCUGGCCUACUUAGGGCACUCGGACAUCUCCAUCCUGCGGGCUGCCGGUGUGCCCCCUCCCCAGACGCUCCCUCUGCCGCCGUCCUACGCCCCGAAAGCAGCCCCCGAGGUCGGGCCCCCCUCCUACACUCCACAAGUGGCCCCGGAUGUCAAAGCCCUACUCAACACUCCGCAGGCUGUCUCCCCGGAUCAGCCUCCCUCCUGCGCUCCACAGGCCAGUGACGGAGGACCUGUUUCCUAUGGGGUGUGCCUGGAAAGCUGUGGCACAGAUUCCGCUCCGGGGACACCCCCCAGCCCCCAGCUUCUCAGGCAGGAAGGUCAGCCCCAGAAAGAGGCACCCGUGGGAAGCUGUGUCCCAGGUGACUUCUCUCUGCAGAGAGUGACCUCUGUGACCGUGGAGGAACUCCAAGAGGCAAAGCUGUUCCCUUCGCCCAUGGGGACCUGUACAGACAGAGAACUGGACCUGCUACACAGUGUGGAGCCAGAGAGCCCACCGUACCUACAAGGCCCGCUCUCACUCCUUUCGUCUGUGCAGAUCGAAGGCCAGCCGGUGUCCCUCCCUUUGCACCCUCCCUCCCUCUGCUGCUCCCCCUCUGAGCAGGAGCCACAUCCCUGGGGGCUGCUGGACUCCCUUGUGUGUCCCCAGGAUGAGGUUCUGGUGUCCGAGGCUGAGGCCCUGAGCUCAGGCCCUGGGGCCUUGGAGCUGGAGCCGUCCACGGAGCUGGACUCUCUUUUCCAAGGCUUGGCCCUCACCGUGCAGUGGGAGUCCUGAGAGGAACAGGGCUGGCCUGGGCUUCCUCCAGUCCCCACGGGGAUCUCCUCCUGGGCUGGCAACCUCCUCCCCAACCAUGCCACACAUUCUGCAGCCGGCCCAUAUGGGAGACCAGGGGAAGAGCCAGAGGAAGGGGGACGCGGGCCCGCCAUGGGCGAGCUCCCUGUCAGAGCCGAAAGGCGUGAAGAGGACUCCAGCUGGAGGAGCUCCGGGAAGAUGAGUGACAAGCACACAUGAUAUGAGCGCUCAGAACCUGGCAGUUGGGACAGUCAGGGCACAGGGAGGCACUGCAGGCAAACCCCUGGAGACCCAGGGCCCCAGCUCUGAGGACACUGAGCUCUGGGCUGGCAGAGAGCCUGACCUCAUUCCUGUCCCAUUUCAUAACCCAACUCAGCAGAGAGUGAGGCAUCUGCCCAAGGUGGGAGAAGGAGCCUGCAGUGGCAGGCUGGGCGGAACCAGAGCAACCUGUCCCCUUCUGCCAAGGCCAGAGGCAGCCCAGUGUCAAGACUGCUGGGAGGGAUACAGCUGGGGCUUGUUCUGCACCAGGUCCUGCGCCUGAGGUGGUACCAUUCCAGCUUCUGUCUGCAGGGAAUGCAGUCCAGGGAGCCAGCCACAUAAGCCUUUCCUUCAGGCAGGAGUUUCCAACUUUAUUCUGAGACCUGGAUUGGAAAGGAGCACAGAGCCGGCCGUGGUGGCACAUGCCUGUAAUCCCAGCACUGUGGGAGGCUGAAGCAGGAGGAUUGCAACUUUGAG